CUUAGUUCUCGUCGCAGUUCCAUUCGAUUCGGAAGAAACAGCGCAAAAAGCAGAGCGAGCAAGGCACAGUGCCCCAAAGCGAUAAGCUUAUCAUUACACAGUCCCAGUGCCAGGCCCAAAAACGGAAGCCAGCCCCUGUCACAAUGGGGCUCUCCACGAAGAACCUUCGACUGAUCCUGGUCUUGGCAGUGGCCCUGAUUCCGACCUUAGUGAACUGCAGCUUCAAUAGAGCCACCUCCAAUCACUCGGCCAACUAUGAGCAGUCCACACGGGAAAUCCUGGAGCAAGCCACCAGGCGAAUGCAAACCAUUUGGAACAUGAAGCAGAGGAUUUUCCUUCAGCUGACUUCCAAGGGAAAGUCACCGCUGGGCGGACAGGCGCCAAGCAAGACGGAGGUCGAAAUGGAGACCUAUCGGCUUAUGUACGAGUUGGCCGCGAAUCUGAGCGUGGUGCCCGUCAAUCAGUUGGAGGAUCCGAUGCUGCGACGUCGCGUCCAGCGCAUGGCCAAGCUGCAGCUGAAGGGCCUGCGGCCAAAGGACUACGAGCAAGCCAAGGAUCUGCUGCGGGCCAUGAGGAACUUUGUGAGCGGACCGCUUGUCUGCACCUUUGAGGAAUGCACCACGCGUCGCCCCCUGGCCAUGUAUCCGCACAUAUUCAACAAGAACAUGCGGGCCAAGCACUACGAGGAUCUGGUUCUCAACUGGUUCAGCUGGCGGCGAGCCAUCAACGACAAGGACACUGCCAAAUCCACCUUCAUCGACUACGUGCGGCUGCUCAGGAUUGCGGCCACAUACAAUGGACAUGUAACGCCAUCGAGGACGUGGUACCUCAACUACGACACCGAGAACUUCCAGGCCGAGAUGGAGGCGGUUGUGUGGGAGAUCAUGCCGCUCUACCGGGAACUGCACGCCUAUCUGCGGCACGAGGUGCAGCUCGCCUACCCCAAGGCGGACACGAAGAGCGACGGAGCUAUUGUGGCGCCGGUUAUGGAUCAGAUUCUGUCCCAGGACUGGUAUCCGCACCAGUUCUUCCGCACUCCGCACCCGAGCAGACAGCACCAGCUGCCGUCCGUCCAUCGUCGGCUGGAGGAAGUCCUCGUCACUCCCGUGAAGAUCAACAGGAAGGCCGCCGAGUUCUUCGAGUCGCUGGGCCUCAACAACAUGACCGAUGGGUUCUACGACCGCUACUCUCGCCGGAUGAACGAUGACGAGGGCGGGCCGGACUGCAAGUCGCAGGUCUACUACUUCCCACCGAACGUGGCCCUGCGCUACUGCCCCAAGUUGGACUACAAGAAGAUGAUGCAGAUCCAUGGAACGAUGGCCGAGUUGCAGUACAACAUUUACAAGCGGGAUCUGCCCUUUGGCCUGGACGUCGAACCCUGUCCGGGCUUCGGCAGUGCGCUGGCCGAGACUGUGGUCCUGGCCUCGGGCACCGCCCGGCACCUGCAUCGGCUGCACAUCUUGCUGAACGAGAGCCUCUCGGAGGAGCAGUCGCUCAAUCGGCUGUUUCGCAUGGGGGUGCACACUCUCGUGGCCGUGCCGCAGUACUUCAUCAACGACAAGUUCCUGGUGGACGUGAUGGAUGGACGGAUCGGGGUGAGGGAGUACAAUUGCGCCUACUGGCGCCUUCAGGACAAGUACGCGGGCGUCCAGCCUCCGGCCCUGCAUUCAUCGAAGGAUUUCGAUCCGGACUUUAAGUUCUAUCGGGGCAUGAACCCAGAGACCUCCAACACCAAGAAGUUUCUGUCCGAGAUCUUGGGCUUCCAGUUCUAUCGCUCGUUCUGCCUGGUCAGCGGCCAGUACAAGCCCGGAGAUCCAAAGUUUCCCCUGCACAACUGCGAUUUCUACGACAGCAAGGAGGCGGGCGAUUUGAUGCGCGAGAUGAUGCAGCUGGGGGCCACCCGGCACUGGCGUGAUGUCAUGGAGAUUGCCACGGGGGAGCGAAAGUUGAGUGGCCGCGGCAUUCUAGAGUACUUUGCACCGCUCUUCACGUGGCUGAAGGAGCGCAACAAGCAGCUGGACAUCGAGCCGGGCUGGGAUGCCGACGAUUUAUGCCGAAAGGAGUAAUAUCCGCAGCCCAGAAAGUGGGUAACUUACUCGCAUAUAUGCCUUACGUAUCGUAUUAAUCUCCAAGUUGAUCCUUCAAUUAAACUGUUGGAACAUUUCCUAAAGGAUUCAUUAAAGAACUAAAAAUACAAUCAAUAUAAAUAUAAUCCCUUGCUUUGCCCUUCUUUUUCUCUUAA